UAAUGGACUGUUUCAUAGGGAUUUUAUAAAAAGAAUUAUAUCAAAGAUGGAAACACCAAUAGUUAAACUAUCAAACAAAGAUUUGGAUACUGUUUAUGAACCUUCAGAAGACUCGUUUCUUCUCAUAGAUGCCUUAGAAGCUGAUUUAGAAACAUUUAAAUCACAAAAGUCACAACUUUGUUUAGAAAUUGGAAGCGGAUCAGGUAUCGUUAUUACUGCUCUGGCAGCAGCAUUAAAAAAGUAUAAUGGUGCAUACUUUUGUGCAAUUGACUUGAAUCCUAAUGCUUGCAAAGUCACAAAAGAAACUAGCAUAGCCAACUCUACCAAUAUUGAUGUUAUUCAAAUGGAUUUGACUAACAAUAUUUAUGCUAGAGGCAUAUUUGAUAUAAUUUUAUUUAAUCCACCUUAUGUUGUUACCGAAUCGCUAGAAGUUCUUGAUGAAAGAUUAAUUUCCAAAACAUGGGCUGGAGGGAAAGAAGGUAGAGAAGUGAUGGAAAGACUAUUUGAAAAUAUUCCAAAAUUAUUAUCUGAUAACGGAUAUUUUUACUUAGUCGUUAUCAAAGAAAAUGAUCCAGAGUAUAUAAUUCAAAUCUUCAAAGAUUUAGAUAUGAAAGGUGAAGUUGUUAUGGACAGAAAAGUAAGAGGAGAACACUUACAUAUUUUGCGAUUUAAGAAAACGGGACAAAACUGAAUAAUGUAUAAUAGAAAAGGCUGCGAAACUUUCUUAAUCGUAUGAUUAGAAUAGUUCAAUACGUUAAAUAUCCUACCUCUAAAUACAUGGAGACACCAGACUCACAAAAAAUUUUAGUGUGAAAUAUAACAAAAAUUUUGAAAAUAUUUCUUACGUGUACAGAGGAAUCUAAUUAUUUCCGCUACACUACACAAUCUCUUAAGAAUCAAUUCUGAUGUUGAUCGAGAUGAGUAGCUUAAUUAGAUUAUUCCACAUGCAUGUCUGCGAUGAAACAAAGAAAUGUUUUAAUUUUUGUCAAUUGUAUGGCAAUGACAUACGUUUUACAUUUCUAUGAAACGUGUAAAUUAUUUCAGCAUAGAUUCUGUAUAUACAUGUAACAUUAUGCACUAGAUUGUAUUAGUUAUACAAGUACCUUAUUAAUAUAUGUAAUUGUACUCAAAAUAAAAUAACUGGCUAUCGAAAAAAUAA